AUGCCUCCCGCUAGUGACAACACGGCUGGUGGUAUGUCUAGUGCGCAGGAAGAUAGCAUGUAUACCACCGGUGGGGACGGAGAGUCGCACAAGGACAAAGUCGAGGGUCCGCCGAGCCCAGGCCCAGAGCCGGAGGACUCUGAGAUGGCUGUUGACAAGAAAGACGUCGAAGAGCGAUUCGAAGCUCAGGUGCAGAUCCCAAGCACUGAAGCCGCUCAGACCACAUCCAACAAUGAGCCGCCUCGGGCGCCAUCGCCAGAAGCUACACAACUGCCUUCACCGCAACUUACCGAAGAAGCGAGUAGUCCUCCACUUCAGCAGCGAACACGAUUCCAAUCCACCGACCAUACCAUCGACUGGACCAGCAAGACCAAGCCAUGGACCUUCAGCAGGAAAUUACCCUCGUCUGCCGUGCCUUCGUCCCUCUUCCAACCAUACUCCAAGUAUACUGGCACCCAGCAAUCAGACCGGCAGAUCUACAAGGUCGCCGUAACGAUUUUAUCUGUCGACAUGGACCAAUGUACCCUGUCGGGCUAUCUCGAGAUCUGCGGACUGACGCCUGACCACCCGGAACUGACCACGUUCUUUACUGGAGAAAUCAUCGGUGGACCAAACCAGAAGUACUCAUUCCGGACCAAGAACCCAGCAUGGGGCGCCAGCAAUAAGACUGACUUGACGCACUGGGCGCGUUUUCCAUCAUGGCGACCACUGUCCGGCCACGCAAAGAACGACAUCGAGUUCGUCCACCCUAUGAGCGGAGGCGACUGGUGGCAGGAAGAGCACAUAUACAUGCGCUGGAAGGAGCAUUUCCUUGUGCCCGACCAUAAACUUAAGAGCAUCCAAGGCGCUAGCUUCGAGGGAUUCUACUACAUCUGCAUGAACCAGAUCAAGGGAGAAAUUAGUGGUGUCUACUUCCACUCUAAGAGCGAAAAGUAUCAGCAACUGUUCCUCAAGCACGAGGGUGGCUUUCCAGCUUGGGGCAGAGGCGUUCGCCCAGCUAUGGACUUCAGGUGA